AUGAAGGCCAUGGAGGAUCAAGUAGUCCAAGAAGAACCAGGAUACCAGGAUGAUGAGGAAUCCUUUUUUCAGGAUAUUGACCUGCUGCAGAAGCAUGGAAUUAACGUAGCAGAUAUUAAAAAACUUAAGUCAGUUGGGAUCUGCACGAUCAAAGGAAUCCAGAUGACCACAAGACGGGCACUGUGCAAUGUAAAAGGGCUUUCAGAGGCCAAAGUGGACAAGAUUAAAGAAGCCGCAAACAAGCUUAUUGAACCAGGCUUCCUGACCGCCUUUGAGUACAGUGAAAAACGGAAGAUGGUAUUCCAUAUUACUACUGGCAGCCAGGAAUUUGAUAAACUUCUGGGUGGUGGGAUUGAAAGCAUGGCAAUCACUGAGGCCUUUGGAGAGUUCCGGACAGGCAAAACCCAGCUAUCUCACACCCUUUGUGUGACAGCUCAGCUUCCAGGACCCAAUGGCUACACAGGUGGAAAGAUUAUCUUCAUUGACACUGAAAACACUUUCCGACCAGACCGUCUUCGUGACAUUGCUGAUCGCUUCAAUGUUGACCACGAUGCAGUACUUGACAACGUGCUGUACGCACGUGCAUAUACUAGUGAACAUCAGAUGGAAUUGCUUGACUAUGUAGCAGCCAAAUUCCAUGAAGAAGCUGGUAUCUUCAAGCUAUUGAUCAUUGACUCCAUAAUGGCACUUUUCCGUGUGGAUUUCAGUGGUCGUGGAGAGUUGGCUGAACGACAACAGAAACUUGCUCAGAUGCUGUCAAGGCUCCAAAAAAUAUCAGAAGAAUAUAAUGUGGCUGUGUUUGUGACCAACCAGAUGACUGCUGAUCCAGGAGCAACUAUGACCUUUCAGGUGGACCCAAAAAAGCCCAUUGGGGGCCACAUCCUUGCUCAUGCUUCGACUACCAGGAUUAGUUUGAGGAAAGGGAGAGGGGAGCUGCGUAUUGCAAAGAUAUACGACAGCCCUGAGAUGCCUGAGAACGAAGCCACAUUUGCAAUAACUGCUGGAGGGAUUGGGGAUGCCAAAGAAUAG